CUGAGCAUUGAAAAGAACCUUUCGGUCCAAUUGAAGAAAACAACAAUCCCCAGAACACUCUCAGAGUUUCUUACUCCCUUGUACAAUGAGUCUCAACGAUUUCGCCAUGGUUGAAGAGUUGGCUUCUUUAAUCAAAGACAAUCUUCAUUGCAAGCAUCUUGUUCUCUCUGUGGAAGCAGCCCUGGUGGAUUUCCUUCAGGAUGAUACAAGUUCAGACGGGGUUUUGGAGCUAGAGCCAAUGGAUUCCUACAGUCGCCUUCUCUUGCAUCGUCUAGCUGAUAUUUUCGGGUUUUCUCAUGAAUCAGUUGGUGAAGGAGAAGCAAGACACUUAGUUUUGGAGCGAUGCUCAGAGACAUCAAUACCUUCCAUCCUUGUCAGUGAUCUACUGUGGCAGUAUGAUGAAUUGCUGCCAACCCCAAAAUUUCUGGAAGUAUUAGAGAAGAAGAAAGCAGAUCAACCAGGGCUGAAUGCAGAAACACCAAGGCCUGAACUUUCUCUUGAGGAGAGAGAAGCAGCUUAUUUGGCAGCUCGUGAACGCAUUUUUGCUGUUGAUGAAUGUAGAACAGGAGAGCUGGUAGAGCAAAGGCCACCAAAGAAUCCUACCGUUGCCCGCCGAAUGAUAGCACAUGCUCUUGGACAAAGAAUUAAGCCACACAAUCAUGAUACCUCCUCUAGAGAGCCUAAUGCUAAUGGAAAACAAGCUAAAAAUAUGAUGGUCCAAAAUGAGGAGGAUGACAACUUCAAUUCAGGCGUUGAAGUUUACACUGAGAAAAGUGUCAUGCCUGACAAAAAUCUGAGUUCAAUUGGCAAGAAAAAUGAAUUGAGGCUCAGUGACAGUGAAUCAUCACAUUCUGGUUUUACCAUACCCAAAGAUAAUAUUGAUAGACCUAGCAAAUUGAGUUCCUCUGGCACACAAAGUGAUCAGGCUAAUAUUCGCAAGGACAACCUCAGAGAGGAGCAUAUUGGUGCUGCAAAGAGAAUGUUUGUUAAUGCUCUGGGAUUUCAUCCAAGAAAUGGCAACUUUUCUAGAACCAGACAAACAAAAUGAUAGCGGAUGACACUGGAGCUAGUCCUCUGACUGAUAAAGUCCAGAAUGGCAUUAUUUAGUUCGGUGUGCUUGAAAGGAAACAAGGUAAUUUAGACCAACGAAUGACGUGGGUCUAGUCCUCUCAUCUCUAGUCAUCCUUGAAGAUUAAUGGUGGCUUGUGGCAAUUUUACAAAUCCACUGGAUGAUUGGGGUGUGGCAACUCUAGAAAUCCACUAGAAGAUUGGCUUGUGGCAGCUCGAAAAGUCCACCUGAAGAUUUUAGCAGCCUUGAUCUACUGCGGUGGAUACACUGGGAUGUGGUCAGGCACGGCAGUUGGGUGUCUUCCUACGGAACCUGGGUGACAAGCGUGUUGAUUUUAAGCAUAAGGUUAAGCUGAGAUUAUUCUUAUACAUUACUACGCCUUCCCUCUUCAGCCUCCCUUACCGUGUAUUUUCUUUGAACAGGUUACGUUUCCUGUACUUUGAUCUUUAGGUCUUAGAACUGAGUUUCUAUUAGUUUUGACUAAUUGUCAUCACAUUGGCUGCGUUUAGUUGCACUGUUAGCUAGAAUAUUUAUAUCUUUGCGGUCUUAUAAUUGAGGUAUUUAGGCAAACUUCAAAUGUUUGAAUGUAGCCAAUAGACAUUUCUGCUUAGA